AUGCUUCCUUCCACAAGUUGCUCUCCCGUGUUUACUAUGCCACCAUGGUGCUUGGAUAUUAGUUAUAAGAAGCCAUGCACAAUUCCUAACUGUCCUGUCAAUGAUUUUAGUGAUGCACAUUUUUACCAUUAUUAUCACGAGUGUCCCUUUGGCCAACAAUGUGAGUGGUUCAAACUUUGUUGUUGCAGCCAUGAUCAAAAUGCUAAAUAUCACUGCAAUCUUUUCAAUCACUCUUUAACCGGAGAUGAACAAUUGUUAUUAGAAAAUUCAUUGGAGCACAAUGCUUCUUCCCAAAUUCAAGAUGGAAGAAGAAUGUCACUCACAAGCGUCGGAUCUGCUUGUUCAUCUAAAUCUUCCUCUUCUCGGCCUAAAAAUGUUUGCUGGUAUGGCACAAAAUGUCGUAUGGCAGAGAGAAGAGACCAAACUCAUCUCUCCAACUACCUUCAUGUGUGUCCUAAUGUUCAAUCCUGUCGAAACAGAGAACCAGAACACCUACAGCAGUUUUUACAUAAAUGUCAUAAAGGAGAAAAAUGCACGGACAAAUCACAGGAACAUAGAGAUCAAUACAUGCAUAUUUGUUCGUAUGGAGAAAAGUGUAACCAUCUUUCUGACUCUAGUCCUGAUUCCCAUUGGGGACAUUUUACAAGAUAUUUACAUCCUGUAUGUUUUGAAGGAAAGAACUGCUCUCAAUGCAAGUCUCAAGAAGUGAAGAGUCAAGGACAUAGAGAUUUCUUUUGCUUAUUGGGCCACCAUGACGAUGAUGUUUCGCCCACCAUCCAAAAAAAGCAGCCAGAGAUUCAAGGCCUUACCUCAAAAGACAAGAGCAACAUGCGUCCCCAUGUCACAGAAUGGAAACGAUCUGCCUCUAUCCCACUUACCUCUCCCUCUGGUUAUAAAUUCAUUGGAUGGGAAAGAGCAACAGGAAACAACACUGCGACUGGAAAAGUUGUCCUGUUUAAAAAGACCGAUAAGGGUGUUUUUGAAGGGCAUAUCAAAACUGAAGAGGUCACAAAUGUCAGUUUUCCCACCAAUCAAAUUGAGCAACCAUGGUAUCGAAAUAGAGUGUGUAUUUAUAAGAACCAACUUAUCGUGUCAGUAUUCAAGAAUGCAUUAUCUGGGAGGCUCACUGGAGUAACUCCAAGUGCCACGUAUCUCGACGUCAUGAAUUACAUUGUAAGCUGUGGAGUACCAGUGUUCAUUGUUGGUGGAGCUGUUAGAGAUGUGUUGUAUGCUGUUUUGAAGGAAAACGAAACCAAUGUUCAAACUAUUAUUUCAAAGGUCAAAGAUAUUGAUAUUGGUUUUGGUUGUCCAACACAAGAAUUUUACAAUAUUCUUUGCAAAAAGUAUUCAGCAGGUAUACAACCUCCAGGACCAAGAGGUCUCAUUGUCGUUGGUAAUACGAAUGGCAAUUUUUUGGAAGGCAAGGCCCUUAAUGGAUUGAACAACGACAACAAAUCAGUGAAAGAUGACAUUCCACAAUGUUUUGGCACUGAUUUAGUUGGAGAAAAUAUAUGUAGAGAUUUCACCUGUAAUUCGUUGUGGUAUGACCCUAUCAAUGAAUGUAUUAUAGACCCUAUUGGAAGGGGACAAGGAAUCAAAGAUACAUUGAAUAAGGUUUUAAGAAUUCCUGUUAAAGAAAAGUAUAGAAUCUUUUGGGCAAAGGGAAAUCCCUCCAAAAUUAUGAGAUACUACAAAUUCCUUCAAAAAGGAUACAGGCCUGCUGAUGAUGGUACUCGGGAAUUCAUCAUCAAGAUGGCAAAAAAGUUUUCGGCAACCGACAUGGAAUGCCGAAAUCAGCUAGUCAGGGGAGUGAUGAACUCAAAAACCGAUGCUGAAGCUCAGCAAAAGAAAGCCUCUUUUUUAAAGUUACUGGAAAAAGAUGUCGGGACUCAGAGGCUUAAGGAGUUGUUCCCUUAA